AUGGCGGAAGGUAGGGGUUUCUUUGUCAGGAGUUGCUUGUCAUGCUUCCCAAAGUAGUUCUGAGAUCCUCACUGCUAGCACUCUGUGCUUGCACUACCUUUGGCUGGAAUGCGAAUGAUCAAGUCGAAGCAGACAUCGACUAUGGCACCUUUGAGAACCCAUCGGCUUAUGUACGCCCGCGGUUCAGAUACUGGUGAGAGAUAUACCAAUCGAUGGCUCUGCCCGAAGCAUUCUGACAGUUGCGACCCCCAAAGGAUUCCCGAUGCCUCCGUUGACCUCGAUGUCGUUGCUCAAGACUUCGCCAAAGCAAAAGUCAUUGGCAUGGGAGGUCUAGAGCUCCUGGGAUACUACUUGUACGGCGAUUUCCCAAGCGUUGUUACAGAAGCAGGCCCCGUGCCCGUGGACUGGACGAAAUAUGGCUGGGGCACUGAAGCUUGGAGGAGUUUGACGAGCGUCGCCUUAAGAGCUACGAAGAGUCUGGGCAUGAUUAUGGAUUUCGCACUUGGACCUAAUCAAGGUGCCGGGGUACCUGCAGAUCCCGAUGAUGAAGGUAUCAUGUGGGACUUGUGGCCGUGGAAUGUUUCUGUGCCGAUUGGGGGAUCUUUCGAUGAUGUUUUGCCUGGAUGGGGGAGCGGAGAGUUUGUAUGCCCAUCUAUCGGAGCAUUUGUCGUGUCUUUGGUUUGACUGACUGGUAUCGUGAACAUCAGGUAGCGGCUUCUACAGCCCUGGUGUUGAACACCACUGUUGCCAACUACUCUGCGGCGCCCGCUUGGCUAGGACCUGUGUACUACGACGGCACCCGGAACACGCUCUCUGCCUCCUCUCUCGAAGACGUGACAGACAUGAUCACUUCUGACGGUCGCUUGAACCUGACGCUCCCCCGAGCAGAAGGCCUGGAAUACCAGAUCUUUGCAUUCUACCAGAACCAUUCGUCGUAUUUGGAGCAGGCAUCUCCGCUGAAUCUAAGCACCACUGUACCUCAAUCUCCGGUCGAAAGUUUCGUACAGAACGGGUCUAGAGUUGUAGAUCAUUUCUCAGCUGCGGGCGCGAAGGUCGUUACUGAUUUCUGGGAUAAAUACCUGCUGGACGACGAGACAAGACAACUCUUCAAAGACGUUGGGAAUUACGCAUGGGAAGACUCAAUGGAAAUCGGCGCUGGCACUCUCCUCUGGUGGACACCGCAGUUGCUCAAGACAUUUGAAUCCAAUCGUGGAUACAGCCUCAGAAAAUACCUACCGGUAGUAUACAGCUACAACACCGAGGCCAACGGGCCUCUCGCGUCCCCGGAUCGCUACUAUACGGAUGAGUCUGACCUCGGUCAAAGUCAUGUGAAUGACUACUGGCAAACUCUCACUGAGCUGAACAAAAUUUACUUGGCGACUCUAAGGAAUUGGUCGCAUGAUUCUCUCCAAUCUCAGUUUUCCGCUCAGGUGGGUUACAAUCUGCCCAUGGAUAUGCUGGCGAAUAUUCCUACGGUGAAUGCACCGGAGUGUGAGAGUUUGGGGUUCAAUCAUGUUAUUGAUGCGUACAGGCAGUUUACUGGACCUGCGAAUCGUGAGUUUCCUAUCCUUGCUCCCCACGAAGCGUGACCAAGCUGAUAUGUGCUGUGUAGUCGCUGGAAAGAGAAUCAUAUCCUCCGAGCUGGGAGCCCAGAGGCGAGAGGUCUACGAACAAACCAUGCCGGAGCUGAUCUGGGACGUCAAGCGAAGCAUUGCGGGCUCUGUCAACAACUUCAUCUACCAUGGGUACCCGUACACCGGCAGCUACCCGAACACCUCGUGGCCAGGCUACACUACGUUCUCCUACAGCUUCUCCAAUAUGCACGGACCACGGCAGCCGACUUGGGAGUACUACGACGAUUAUAUGAACUGGACUGCUCGAAUCCAGUAUUUUGCGCAAUCCGGUAUUCCGAAGAUUGAUCUGGCCUUCUGGCUUAAGAGGGAUCAAUUUUUUAGUGUGGAUUCGGUCUAUCUUCCCAACGAUCUACAGGAUGCUGGGUAUAGUUACGAAUACCUGAGUCCCGACAAUUUCGGUCUACCGGAAGCUGUUGUACAGGACGGAAUCUUUGCGCCAAACCGACAGGCUUUCAAGGCGCUCGUCCUGCGCGCGAACGAUACGCUUACGGUCUCUGGGGUCCAGUAUGUCGUGGACUAUGCCAAUGCUGGACUACCGAUUAUCUUCUCCGGUGGUAUCCCGCAGAAUCUUACAGGAUAUAAUGUUUCUUCUGGGACGGAGUAUGUUCGAUCGGCGCUGGCAAGCAUUGCCGGCCUUGACAAUGUUCACGUGGUGCCUUACGACAAUCUGGCUACUUCUCUUCAGGCUCUCGGAAUUACACCUCGCACUCGAACGUCGUCUGCCAGGACUUUCUACACUUACUGGCGUGAAGCGGGCGACAUGACCUACGUGUUUGUGUACAAUGAUGCCUGGGACAGCGAGCUUGGUGAAGGAGCAGGUACUGGUUCGAUCACAUUCGAAACUACUGGAGCUCCAUACGAGUAUGACGCCUGGACCGGUGAAGUAAAGCCUCUUCUUGCAUACCAGCAGAGUGCCUCAACAACGACAAUCUCCCUCUCGUUGGCCGGAAACCAAACCACAAUCAUCGAGUUCAACCAUUCCGAGAAAGCAUCUCCGCGUGCAAUCUCCUUUCCAGAGGAAAUCUACAGCGCUAUCCGAUCUGGCAGUAGCCAGGUGGUCCUCAAAGCCGGAAACGCUACGCAGCCUGUCCUCCUUCCGAACGGCACGGCAGUGACACUUCCGAUCCCAGCAGCUCCCACACCACUCACGAGCUGGACCCUGACCGUCGAAUCCUGGUCUCCUCCCUCCGAUCUCGAAGCAGACCAGACAACACCAGCCCUCUCCAAUUCGACUUAUCAUCUCACCGCUCUUCAACCCUGGAACACCAUUUCCGAUUCCCUCCGUAACGUCUCCGGUCGAGGCUUCUACAGCACCACGUUCCCCUGGCCAUCCACGAAUUCUACUUCCUCCUCCGGCGCCAUGCUCGAAUUCGGAGCCAUCUCCAACACCAUACGCGCUUGGGUCAACGGACACCGUCUCCCUCCUCUCGAUCCGACGGAUGCCAAGGCUGAUAUCGGGGAAUUCCUGGUCGAAGGAGGAGAGAACACGGUGGACGUGGUGGUGGCUACUACGCUUUCUAAUGUUCUGAGGACCAUCUGGAUGGAAGUGAAGAGUAGUGGGACGUUGUGGUUGGGACCGGAACCGAAAGAGCAGGGGUAUGGAUUGGUGGGGAAUGUGACUGUCGUGCCGUAUUGUAGGACGGUGGUGAAUCUGUAG